AUGGCGCUUGUUAAACUAUUGAGAGAUGCUCAAGCUAGGCCCAACGUCAGAGGUGCGCAAUUCAACAAUGCAACGGUCGGGGGUGAACGGCAAAUCGCUACAAGUGUGGGAAUUUCAAAUACAGUUCCUACGACUCCUGAGUUUAACCUUAAUUCAGCCUACCAGAAUUUCAGGACAGAAUCGACAUCACAAGACCACAACAACGCUAGGAGGACAAAUUAUGGUUAUGCUGCUGAGUCCCUGCCGUUAGUGGAGACAUUUUCAUCUGCCCUAAGACAAAGCAUUAUAACAGCUUUAAAUAACUGUGGAGAUGUCCCCACAUGCAAUGGUUCAGGAGUGUACACCCUUACACCUACCGGCAGUAACGUUGAUGUAUUUUGUGAUUUGGACACAGCCGGAGGACCGUGGACGAUUAUCGCCAGCAGAUAUGACGGAUCAGUUGACUUUUACAAGUCUUGGAAUGAGUACAAGAAUGGUUUUGGAAGUUUGACUGGAGAGUUCUGGCUAGUUUUCAAGAAUGUAAGACUACUGUUAGUCCAGAAUAUGAAGCUUCGGAUUGAAAUGGAAGCAUGGAGUGGCACUCUUAAACAUGUAGAAUACGAUACUUUCGAUAUUUCUGACGAGGCUUCUGAAUACAUUUUGAAUAUUGGCGGAUACAGCUCGCCAGACGGACUAUAUGACGCCCUCAAUCACCACAAUGGUCGGCUUUUCUCCACCUAUGACAACGGCAAUUAUAUCAGCGGCUACAGUUGUACUAGUAGAGCACACGGAGCGUGGUGGUAUAAAAGUUGCUAUCAAUCCAACCUGUUCGGGAAAUGGAUGACAAACGAAGUCUUUCAAGCCAUGAAUUGGUUUAAUUUCUACGCCAAUAACGAAUCACACACAGCGGUUAAAACAGUCAGGAUGAUGCUUAAGAAAAAGUAA